AUGCCGGGACGAGGCAGCGCCAUGUCCAGUCCUUGGCGUGGUCGACCUCGCAGGAGUAUCCUCCACGGAGGUUCCAGAGACCGGUCGAGAGGUGGCUCGCAGAGGGGCUCGUGGGGAGGCCAACGAGACUCCGCGAAUCGACUGACACUGCCGUCCAACAACUAUUUCUUGCCCUCGAUUGCUGCUGAAGUCGAAUUCGGCAAUCGUCAAAUGCCCCCACCACUGUCAAGCAGCGAGUACGAGGCAUCGUCACUCCUUGGCAGAGAAGGAAUGGCUCAAGUCGAGCGGAGGAACGAGGUUCUUAUGGCCAUUUCCGUUCAAGUGAAAGGUGUCCUUGGUUGUGCCUAUUAUGAUACAGACGAAAACAGCUUAUUUCUUCUGCAGGAUAUGUCCUGCACUGCGCCGUUGCAGUUUGUCGAAAUGCUCAUGCUGCACAUUCAACCAACGACCGUCUUGCUACCCCUGAAAGUACCGGAUGCGAUUCUUCACUUCUUUGAGCAAUAUCAAAGUAAUGUGGACCGAGGUUCAACUGAAUUCAGCCACGCGGCUGCUUUGGAGAGGUUAACGAAUCUACCGAUCGCCGCCUCGGAACAUGCUCUGGUGACGAAUACAGGAUUCGGCCUCUCCAGUCGCAGCUUGCAGGGUCCCGGAGAGGAAUGCCAAGAUGUCAAAACGAUGCGUCUCGGGUCUUUUGUAGAUCUGGAGAGCGUUGCAUCAAUUGGCUGUGCCGGUGCCGUGCUGUGCGAGACUAUACGACUUCAGAAUGCUCAACGGGCAGCAGAAAAUAUAGAGAGAGCUUUCGGAGUGUCGCUGCGGAUGUUUGCUUUGGCGGACUUCAUGUUUGUAAACGCCGACACGCUCUCCUCCCUCCAAGUAUUCCAAUCCGAAUUACAUCCGAGUAACCUGAUCUCCGGCACGGGAAAAGCAGUCUCCGGUUCGAAAGAAAGCCUAUCUCUAUUCGGCAUCUUUCACCCGUUCGCUGGCACCCCUCAAGGCAAGGCACGGCUCAAACAACUCUUCUUACGCCCACUAGUCAACAUCGACAUGAUCCGCGAGAGGCAAGCAACCAUUGCGAUGGUGCAGGUCGUCGCAGUGGACAAGUUGACGGCAAUUAUAGAUUUGGUAGGAAAGGUUGUCGAUUUCGAGGAAACCAAGGCAAACUCACGCAUCGCUGUGAAAUUACACGUAAACACUGAACUCGAUGAAUUGAAGCAGACUUACCAAGGGCUAGAAUCCCUGUUAAACGAGGUCAGCACAACAUUGUCGUUGGAGCUACCGACGUGGGCUCGCAAAUUCGUCACAGGCUGUGUGUUUUGGCCGCAAUUGGGCUUCCUCACUGUUGUCCCUUUACUCGAGGGCACUCAGGCAGGCUACGAAGGUCAAGGACUGUCCGGUGACCAUUGGGAGCAAAGAUUCACGGCGAACGACAAUGUAUACUUCAAGAACAACCUCAUGAUGGACUUAGAUGACCACUUCGGGGACACUUACAGCAGGAUUGUUGAUCUCGAGGUUGAUAUCCUGCACGGUCUAGCCUGUAAGAUCCUCGAACAUGAGGCUACCCUCAGUCGCGUGUCCGAUGUUUGCGGCGAACUUGACUGCCUUGUAGCCCUUGCUAGCGGAGCACUCAAAUAUGGCUGGAUAUGUCCCACUAUGACAGAAGACAACAUUGUGUCAAUCUACGGAGGACGUCACCCCCUUCAGGAACUGGUGGUGCCUGCAUUCAUCCCCAAUGAUUGUAUUCUUAUCGGAGGCUCUGCCGAUGAAGCAAAAACACCAACAUCGAUGCCAGACAACAAUAACAUUGGCAUCAGCACUCUCAUUAUCACAGGGCCAAAUCAUUCGGGGAAAAGUGUAUAUGUCAAGCAGGUUGCCCUCAUUGUUUACCUCGCCCAUAUCGGCAGCUUCGUGCCCGCUACCGGCGCGACGAUUGGCCUCACGGACCAAAUUCUAACACGUAUCUCGACGCGGGAAAGCGUCUCGCAAGCGGAGAGUACAUUUGGUACCGAUUUGAGGCAGGUGGCCUUCCUGUUGAAUCGUGCUACCCGUCGAACACUCGUGGCAAUCGACGAAUUUGGCAAAGGGACGGCAGCUGAUGAUGGAGCUGGUUUGAUGACUGCCCUCAUUGACCACUUCAGCACGCUCGGUUUACAGUCCCCCAAAGUUCUGAUCACAACGCAUUAUCAUGAGAUAUUCGAAGGAGGUUAUCUUCAAGAGCGACCAAGGCUAUCGCUCGUGCACAUGGAAGUCCGUCUUGAUAUCGACGCGAACCAGAUGGAGGACCAAGUGAUUUUUCUUUACAGUCUAGUUCCCGGAAGGAGCACGUCAAGUUUCGGGAGCAGAUGUGCAGCGUUGAAUGGGAUUGAUACUGCAGUGGUCGAGCGAGCUGAGGCUAUUGUACUGCUCCUCGCCCGAAAUGAAGACCUUGGGGUGGUGUGUGCUAGAUUAGAUGCUACAGAUGAGGCUCGACUUGAGGAGGCGGAGAACGUUGCCCGUCAGUUUCUUCGAAUCUCCUUGGAUGGCCCUGGAAAUCCUCAGUCUAGAGGGCGAGGUACUUUGUCUACUCUGGGCAUUUUGGAGAGUCUUCUCGUGCCGGCAAUGGUUGAGUGA